CCCCGCCUCAGCCGUGCGCCUCCAGUUUCAAAAUGGCGGCCGCCAUUGCGGGGCCUCUGUUGGCGGAUCUUCACGGAUGGUGCUGAGCGAACGUCAGCUUUUCUCACUCUUGAACCUGAAUUCGACUAGGGGUUGGGCAGGGCAGUGGACGGCGUUGGGGGAGGACUGACGAGAUUUAUAAAGAACUCUUCCUUUGAAUUCAUGGUGUUUCAUCUGAUAUACGACUGAGAUAUCAAAGCUUUUGGAUUGUUGUUACUGGACCAAGAAAAUGACAUCUAUUAUCAAAUUAACCACCCUCUCUGGGGUCCAAGAAGAGUCUGCUCUUUGCUAUCUUCUCCAAGUUGAUGAGUUUAGAUUUUUAUUAGACUGUGGCUGGGAUGAGCACUUUUCUAUGGAUAUUAUAGAUUCCCUGAGGAAGCAUGUUCAUCAGAUUGAUGCGGUCCUGUUGUCUCACCCUGAUCCUCUGCAUCUUGGUGCCCUCCCAUAUGCUGUUGGAAAGCUGGGUCUGAAUUGUGCUAUCUACGCAACCAUUCCUGUUUAUAAAAUGGGACAGAUGUUCAUGUAUGAUCUCUAUCAGUCUCGACACAAUACAGAAGAUUUUACACUCUUUACAUUAGAUGAUGUGGAUGCAGCCUUUGAUAAAAUACAACAGUUAAAAUUCUCUCAGAUUGUGAACUUGAAAGGUAAAGGACAUGGCUUGUCUAUCACACCUUUGCCAGCUGGUCAUAUGAUAGGUGGAACAAUAUGGAAAAUAGUCAAAGAUGGAGAAGAAGAAAUUGUUUAUGCAGUUGACUUCAACCACAAGAGGGAGAUCCACUUGAAUGGAUGUUCUCUGGAAAUGCUAAGCAGACCCUCGCUACUUAUCACAGAUUCAUUUAAUGCUACGUACGUGCAGCCUAGGAGAAAACAGAGAGAUGAGCAACUUCUGACAAAUGUCCUGGAAACACUUCGAGGUGAUGGAAAUGUAUUAAUAGCAGUGGACACUGCAGGCAGAGUUUUGGAACUUGCUCAACUUCUUGAUCAAAUUUGGAGAACUAAGGAUGCAGGAUUGGGUGUUUACUCAUUGGCACUCCUAAAUAACGUCAGUUAUAAUGUGGUAGAGUUUUCUAAGUCCCAGGUAGAAUGGAUGAGUGAUAAAUUGAUGAGAUGUUUUGAAGACAAAAGAAAUAAUCCAUUUCAGUUUCGCCAUCUCUCUUUAUGUCAUGGUCUUUCUGACUUGGCUCGAGUACCUAGUCCUAAAGUGGUACUUGCCAGCCAACCUGACCUGGAAUGUGGAUUUUCAAGGGAUCUCUUUAUUCAGUGGUGUCAGGACCCUAAAAACUCAAUCAUUCUAACUUACAGAACUACUCCUGGGACUUUAGCACGUUUCCUAAUUGAUAAUCCUUCUGAAAAAAUUACAGAAAUAGAGUUGAGGAAACGUGUGAAGCUUGAAGGGAAAGAACUUGAAGAGUAUUUGGAAAAAGAGAAACUAAAGAAAGAAGCUGCUAAAAAACUUGAGCAGUCAAAAGAGGCAGAUAUAGAUUCCAGUGACGAGAGUGACGUUGAGGAAGAUAUUGACCAGCCGUCGGCUCAUAAGACUAAGCACGACCUGAUGAUGAAAGGUGAAGGUAGUCGGAAAGGAAGUUUCUUCAAACAGGCCAAAAAGUCUUAUCCAAUGUUUCCCGCCCCAGAAGAAAGAAUUAAAUGGGAUGAAUAUGGAGAAAUUAUCAAACCAGAGGAUUUCUUAGUGCCAGAACUUCAAGCUACUGAAGAAGAAAAAAGCAAAUUAGAAUCUGGCUUGACAAAUGGAGAUGAACCCAUGGAUCAGGAUUUAUCUGAUGUUCCUACUAAGUGUAUUUCUACGACAGAGUCCAUUGAAAUAAAAGCCAGGGUUACUUACAUAGACUAUGAAGGACGCUCUGAUGGGGAUUCCAUUAAAAAGAUCAUUAAUCAGAUGAAACCACGACAGUUGAUCAUUGUCCAUGGACCACCAGAGGCCAGUCAAGAUCUCGCAGAGUGCUGCCGUGCAUUUGGUGGGAAAGAUAUUAAAGUGUACAUGCCAAAGCUACAUGAAACAGUUGAUGCCACUAGUGAAACUCACAUCUACCAGGUGAGAUUGAAAGACUCACUUGUUAGUUCCCUUCAGUUUUGUAAGGCAAAAGAUGCUGAAUUAGCUUGGAUAGAUGGUGUCUUAGACAUGAGAGUUUCCAAAGUGGACACAGGAGUUAUUUUAGAAGAAGGAGAACUAAAGGAUGAUGGAGAAGACUCAGAAAUGCAAGUGGACGCUCCUUCAGAUUCCAGCGUCAUAGCACAGCAGAAGGCCAUGAAAAGUCUGUUUGGAGAUGAUGAGAAAGAAACAGGUGAAGAAAGUGAGAUCAUUCCAACUUUGGAACCCUUACCACCUCAUGAGGUUCCUGGACAUCAGUCAGUUUUUAUGAACGAACCACGACUAUCAGACUUCAAACAAGUUCUUCUGCGGGAGGGGAUUCAGGCUGAAUUUGUAGGGGGUGUACUUGUUUGCAACAAUCAAGUAGCGGUCCGUAGAACGGAAACUGGACGCAUUGGAUUAGAAGGCUGCCUUUGUCAAGAUUUUUAUAGGAUAAGAGACCUUUUAUACGAACAGUAUGCCAUUGUGUAAAGGACGUGAUGUCAAGAAGUAUUUGUUUGACCUUUCUAAGAAAAAAGGAAUCUUAUCGUAUUCUAAGCUUUUGCUUUUUUGUUUUCUAACACACAAAAGGAAUUGCCAGAAAAACUUCACAUGCAUUACCUUUUUAAAAAUGUAAACAGAGACCAUUUUGCUAAUGCUCGAAUGAGCAUUCUAUCUUUUGGCUUUCAGAGUGAUAGAGAUCCUAACAAGUGUGCAGGCCCGAGAGUUGAAGGUGAGUGGUUUCCUUUACAGACCCCUUAUUCUAGAAGGGCUUUUUACUUGAAACAGACAAUGCAACUUAGCAAACCAGUUCAUGGCCUUAGAGAAACAUGUUUGCAUGAGUUCUUGCAAACUGUUUCUUACAUUUUCUGAAUGAAAAGUGAGAAUUAUUUAGAAAAGAUGUGCUAUUAAAAAAAAACUGAUAAAACGGUUUUUUGAGGCCUAUUUAAAAAACAAAAAACAAAGAGUAUGUGCUAUAACUCUUCUUUUGAACUCUGAUAUGCAGUUGUCUUCACGUGGAGCGUAUCUACUCCAUGCCUGUAUUUCCCAGUGAUUCACUCUAGUAUGAGAUGGUACACAUUUGGUUCAGAAAUCAAUUUUUGUUUCUCGUUUUAUCAAGAUUUUGUUGUUGUUCAGUUUGAAUUAAAACACCGUCAUUUGGAUAUACAUAAUUCAAAAGAACUCCUUGAUGUAUUAUAGUCUUAAGUGUUCUGCAUACGUUUUAGACACAUCUUAACUAUCAGCUAGCUUGCUGUAUUGGAAACUGUUUAGUGCUCUGUUUUUAAGGAAACAAAUGUUGAACCUCACAUUUUUUUAUAAGGUAACAGUAUAAUUUAAUUAAAAGAUGUAAAUAUUUUCAUCUCUUAGGCUUGCUCUCUCCUAACAUUGCCAAAGCGGUGGUUGGAUUUUAUACACAUUAUUACAAAAAUAAUACUGAAGUUAGAUAAGGU